AGCAUUGUUCUGCAGCUCCAGCAUUCUCUCUCUUCUUCAUCUUUCAUUCAGGAAUUUCUGCACGACGCGCAUUUUACAUGCGCGACCUAGUUCAUCUCAAAUAUCAAGUUUCUGAAUCCCUCCACCGCCCCUGCGACGCCGUGGAUCGGCAUUCCACCCGCGUCUUUUCGCGCCGUGUCGCUUUCGCGCAUGAAGGUCGACAAUUACCCCGGAUUGCCAUCGCCAGUCUAUACCCUCUGCUCACCUUAGCUCAUUUGGGUACCUCAAGGUCUUUGACCUCUCUCAAUGGUCAUUUGAAAACAAAGACUUGACGAGGCUACAUCUAAGUUGGCCAUCCUGGUCGCAGUCAUAGUGUAGCACAAACUCGAUUGCAGCCUGACUGUUCAAUAUUACUCCUGAUCACUCUCUUCGGGCUGAAUCC